GGGAACCAUGGGGAAAAUACACAAAAUAAAUAGUAAGCAAAAUAUAUAGAGAGAGACAGAGGACAAUGGUUUGGUUUUCUUAAAGUAACAUCACCAGCCAAAUCCUCAAUCUCUCCGCCCCGUUUCGCCGGACAAUGGCUCCCCUGAUCGGACCUUCCCAGAGGUGAAUUACGGUCGAAGGAAUCUUAGGGUUUUCCGAAAAUAGGUACGCUUUUCCGAAUCUUUCUACUGGAGGGUGAGGUUUUGGUUGUUUUCAAACGGAUUAUAAGCAUUCGGAUUUCUUCGCUUCAGAUCUGGUUCUGUUGGCUUUUUUUUUUUUUUGGCGGGGGGAAGAGGAUUAGGGUUUCAAUUGAUUUUUCCGGUAUGAAUUCGAAGGAAAAUUUUGGGACUUAGGUCUUUUUUUUUGUGUGUAUUGGAUGUAGAUGGAAGAGGGACUGAGAUCUGGUCGUCCUUCGGGGCUUGUAGUGAAGAACAGGAACUCUUCAGGUUGUUUAAUUGUUCGGAAGAAAACUGUGGAUGGAGUGGGCGGGGUUGGUUCGGCGAGUUCUAGAAAGGUUUUCGAGUCAAAGAAGGAUAAUAAGAAGAAGAGGUUGAGGUUGGUUUUGAGCGAUUCUGGCUCGAGCGACGAGCUUGUGCCUGUUCCUCGUAGAAGGGUUGGACCCGAAACUAUAAGGGUUUGUAAUGGUUUAUCUGCUUUUGAAAAGGGUGCUGUAGAUGAGAGUGGAAUUGGUAGGAACAGGGGUAGGUUGGAACAUGGUAGGCAUUAUGAAAAGGGGAUGAUUGGUAAGAAUGGUUUUGAUGAGAGCGAUGGAAAGAGAGGUAAGUUGGAUGUAUUUGAGUUUGAUGAGUAUGAUGGGGUUGAUGGGGAAAGAAUACGGAGGAAACGGUUCAAUGGCAGUGGAAUCGAAGUUGAGGGAAGAAGGUUUUUGGGACCAGUGGACAUGGCCCGUAGUGGAAUUGAUAGGGAAUAUGAAACCGGGUCAAGUAGACGUGGCAUUGGCAAGAGCAAGAAUUUAUACUGUGACCGGACGAGUGGCUUGAAUUUGGGAGGUUGUGUUGAUAAUACUAGAGUUAAGAUGAGUAGGGAUGGAAAUCAGCUUUCUCCUUCCUUUUUAGGAGAGAAAUUAAUGAGUCAUCCCGAUCAACCCAUUAGAGUUCAGGGGAAAAAUGGUGUUUUGAAGGUGAUGGUAAACCAGAAGAAGAGGUUGGGCGGAGCUUUAGACAGUUUUGAUCACCACAAAGCUGAGGGAAGUAGAAAGGGUUCAAGGACUGAAGAUACUGCUAAGAGGAAUGUAGUGAUUCAUUCUUCAUCAUACUCUGAGAAAAAACUUCUUGAGAAACCAGGUUCAUUUUUCCGGCCAGAAAAAAGUCAGAUGGCUUUGCAGAAAUCAUUAUCAAGUAAGAAUACUCAGGGAAGUGAGGGGGAUUCGGAGUCGGACAACAGCGAUACAUCAUUGAAGCUAAGAUCAAAGAAUGUGGAAGCUCAUAGUUCUAUAAAGAGGAUAAUUUGUGAAGAGGAAAAGACUCCAUGUGAGAAGCUCCCACCAGCUAUAACCAAAGAUGGAAAAGUCAGGCGUGGUAGUGGCACAGAGAAGCAAAAACUGCGUGAACGGAUUAGAGAGAUGCUUCUAAGUGCUGGUUGGACAAUAGAUUAUAGGCCUAGGAGGAACAGAGACUAUCUAGAUGCUGUUUACAUUAACCCCUCAGGAACAGCGUACUGGUCAAUUAUUAAGGCUUAUGAUGCACUUCAAAAGCAAUCUAAAGAUGAGGAUGUUGAGGCUAAACCUAUUGGGGACUGUUCUUCAUUUGCUCCUAUAGCAGAUGAGGUCCUCAGCCAAUUAACUAGGAAAACACGAAAGAAAAUUGAGAAAGAAAUGAAAAAGAAGCAAAGGGAUCACAGUGAGAGUGACAAUGCAACAGAAGUGGCUGUGAAAAGAUAUCCAAGUACGAAGCGUGAUGCGGAGAGCAUGGACAGUUUUAGCCAUGAAGAGAAACUAAGCUCCUUCAUAAAGCAGGGCGGCAAGUCAUUGAAGAAUAGAAUGAAUGAAAAUGGUUCUGCCAGCGUCAACUCAAGAUUUCGGAAUUCUAAUUAUAUGCAUGAUGACACUGAAAAACCAUCAUCUGGAUCCAAUCCUCGGAUGCCACAUGGAAGAAAAAGUAGAAAACUUGGCAGAUGUACUUUACUGGUUCGUAGUUCUAACAAGGGGCAAAAUUCAGAAGCUGAUGGUUUUGUUCCAUAUACUGGAAAGCGUACCCUGCUUUCUUGGCUGAUUGACUCUGGAACUGUGGGAUUAAGCCAGAAGGUGCAGUAUAUGAACCGUCGGCGGACUCGUGUAAUGCUUGAGGGUUGGAUUACUCGAGAUGGCAUUCACUGUGGUUGCUGUAGUAAAAUCCUCACAGUUUCAAAGUUUGAGAUUCAUGCAGGGAGCAAAUUGCGCCAGCCGUUUCAACACAUAUAUCUAGACUCUGGGGUUUCUCUUCUCCAGUGCCAGAUAGAUGCAUGGAAUAGACAAGAAGAGUCUGAACGCAUUGAUUUCCACUCUAUAGAUAUGGAAGGAGAUGAUCCAAACGAUGACACUUGUGGCAUCUGUGGCGAUGGUGGGGAUUUAAUCUGUUGUGAUGGUUGUCCAUCAACAUUUCAUCAGAAUUGCUUGGAGAUAGCGAUGCUUCCGCCUGGUGAUUGGCACUGUCCAAAUUGUACAUGCAAAUUUUGUGGGGUUGUCAAUGGGAACGUUUCACAGGGAGAUGAUAAAAUGGCCUCCACACUACUCAACUGUAGUUUAUGUGAGAAAAAAUAUCAUAAAUUAUGCAUGCUGGAGAUGGAUGCUAUUCAGAUCGAUUCCAAUAGCUUAGUCACUUCUUUUUGUGGGAAAAAGUGUAAAGAGCUCUUUGAGCAUUUGCAGAAAUAUCUUGGAGUCAAACAUGAACUGGAAGCAGGCUUUUCUUGGUCUCUUGUUCAUAGAACAGAUGAAGACUCAGAUACAUCUCUUCGAGGGAUUCCUCAAAGGGUGGAAUGCAAUUCUAAGCUAGCUGUUGCACUUUCUGUUAUGGAUGAAUGUUUUUUGCCAAUUGUUGACAGGAGGAGUGGGAUUAAUUUAAUACAUAACGUUCUUUAUAAUUGUGGAUCAAACUUCAAUCGGAUGAACUAUGGUGGCUUCUAUACUGCUAUUUUGGAGAGGGGUGAUGAAAUAAUUUCUGCAGCAUCUAUCAGGUUCCAUGGUACUAAGUUAGCUGAGAUGCCGUUUAUUGGAACUCGUCAUAUAUAUAGGCGUCAAGGGAUGUGCCGCCGGCUUUUUGCUGCUAUUGAAUCAGCUCUCUGCGCUCUCAAGGUUGAGAAACUGAUCAUUCCUGCAAUUGCUGAACUCAUGCAUACAUGGACCAUGGUUUUUGGUUUCACUCCUCUCGAGGAAUCACUUAAGCAAGAAAUGAGAUCAAUGAAUAUGUUGGUCUUCCCUGGUACGGAUAUGUUACAGAAGCUACUACUGGAGCAAGAGAACAUCGAAGGGAAUGUGACUACCAGCACGGGUGCAAAGCAAAAGGAGUGCAAAGGCAAACAUUCUACUAAGCAUGAGGUGGAAACUAAAUCUGAUAUGGGACAUGAUUCUCAUCGGUGUAACGGUGCUGCUUCAGAUCAUGCUAAGUUGAUAACUGAUGAAAAUGCAGCCACGGGUAGUAAAUCUGAUAAGGAUUUCUCAGCUGGGCAUGAUCCUCAUGGGUGUGAUGAUGCUGCUCUGUGUCAUGCUAAUGAGAUAACUGAUCAAGUGGUAGCUUUGGAUAAUAAAUCUGAUUUGAAUUUCUCAGCUGAUCCUUGUAAGUGUGAUGAUGCUUGUCAUCAUGCUAAUGAACAAACUGAUGAAAUUACAGCCACCGACAAUAAAUCUGAGAUGGAUUCCACCGCUGGGCAUGCUCCAGAGGGAUGUGAUGAUGGUAGUUUGCCAUUUGCCAAUGAGAUAACUAAUGAUGUUGCAGCUGCAGAUUCAAAUUCUUUAGAUGCUUCUUAUGAUGUUACAAUCCCUGUUUCAGCCCAGGCGACUACAUGUCGUAACUCUCAUUCUGAGGACAAGUUAUCUCAAUCUGCAUCUGGCACAAAAUGUAUGACCUCCUCUAAUAUGAUUCAUGAUUCACUUGAGCUGGAAAAUAAACCCGAAAUAAAUUGCCCUGUUGUAGAUAAUGCUGAGUCUUUGAAACAGAGUGAGAUGGAUGAAGCCCAUGAAGUAAACAUUAGCAUCUGUCUUGAGCCUGUUCUUACUUCGGGGGGAAUUUCUGCAGAGAACACCACCGAGUUGAUUAUUGGAAAUCUAGAUGUCUCUGAUUCUUCUCAAAAUGGUCCUGCUGAGGGUUCCUUGCAAUUUAAAUCUGAUUCAAAUCUUCAAGUUGCAUAUGAGAGAGAAAGCAGAUUACAUCCAUUUGAUGACAAUUCUGUGACUGAUGCACUUGAAGGAAAGACUUAUUUAUGACCAUGAUAUCUGUAAGUUUCUGACUAACUAUUGUGCAUUGCAAGAUUAAGGUCUCAAUCAGAAGGUUUGGAUAUUUGCGACUUGAUGCAAGUGAUGUGGUUUCAUGUGCACGUGAAGUCAAUGGUGAAGUUGCUACUACAAAGCAUGAAUUUUGGAAGUUGGAGCUGUACAUCUGAAAUGUUCCGAGUGUGUGAUAUGAUGUACCCAUUCUGCUUCACGGUGUAUAUAUCUGAAUCUGCUGGUGCAAGUUUGAAGUUUCUCUCCAUGCCGUUUAUCAUAGUAGCAGUUCGCUAUUUCUAAUGUCAUUACAUCACAUGACAUGAGUGGUAUAAUAUUUGAGUAGAUCUUCCUUCCUGGUUAUUGGUACCUUUGUUCCCAGUGCAGGCAUUAUGUUCAUAAUAAUAUGGGUAAAGCCACAAUUUGCUUCCCCCUCGUCCGCUCCUUUGUGGGAGCAACAAGACAUGAUGCUCUGAGUGGUACUUCAGAAACCUCUCUGACAGCCAACUUGUAAAUGUUCAAUUUGUGGUUAAUGUUGUGAUCUGAAAUGAAAAAGGCUUUACUAUUGGAAUUUUCUUUGAGGCACGUAGUGAAGAGGAUUUAAUGCACAAUAUUCAAUAUUCUUUAGAUCUGUAGUGUCAUUGGACGUUAAUAGUCA